ACUCGGCAGUAGGCCGCGGAGCUGCGUGCGUCUUGUAGUGAGUGAGUGGAGACUUGAACGCGUGUGACGACUGGUGUCGUGCAGGACCUGCUGAAGGAUGGGACAAUCGUAGGGACUGUAACAUGGAGACUGUACUGGUGACUGUGCUGGUGAUUCUUGUGGUGACCUCCCUGGUGAACGGCUCACGCCUGCCCCUCAUCGUCUUCCAGCAGCACCACCACCUCUUCCACCGGCUGGAAGACAUGUUCGACGACCUCGCCCUCCAGACUACCGUGUCCCCGGAGUACCACGCAUACAGGACGGUCGCCGAGAGUGACUACAGACCGCUCAGGAUACUGUACCAAGUCGGGGAAUCUGAGGAGGAGUUACCGGUCUGCAGGCCAUGGAGUGUCUGCAGUAAAGUCGACAUGUACGAGUCCCCUUGGAUAGAGAGGCAAUGUCGUUGCCCAGGAGCUAACAAGUGUUCCAGCAGUUUAUCGUCCAACGACGGACACACGCUGUCGGACAAAACGAGGCACUUUAAGCUGUGUGAGCCUGUCAAGAAGCUCUCCAAGUGCCGAUAUUUCCGCGACAUCACCUGGACGUUGACCAGCGGCCCUGACAACGUCACUCAGCAGUUGGUCCACUGCCACUGUCCUCGGGGCGCCGUAGCCUACCUCAUCAAGCAGCAAGCCUUCCAGAACAGGGACGGCCAGAUAGGCUACCAGUAUAGUUUCGCCUGCAGCCCUCAGAGUAGGCUGCGCUGCCAGAGGAAGGAGCCGUGCAGACUGUUCACUGUGCGAAAGCGGCUGGAGCUGCUGGACGAAGUCAACACCAACACUCUGUGUCAGUGUCCGCACAAUCACUACUGUCCGACACACCACACGGACCCAGGGACGGUCCAGGGCAAGAGCUAUGUGGAGGAGAACAUCCGCACGUAUUCAGGCUACUGCUUCCCCAAGUGACUCCAGGUUACCGAGGUGACACCGUGACAGAAGCGAUGGUGUCACAGACUUUUUGGUAAUCGUUGAAAACGUGUAAACAAUUUUUAUUGUGAUAACUAAUUAUUUUAAGUGCAGCUCGGUUUAUAUUUUCCAAAUAGAGAGGAAGUCCCUUAUAUUGUUUUACAAUUAUUAGACAUUUGUAUGAAGAAUUUAAAACUAAUUACUAAUACAUAACUGUUAAUUUGUAAACAUUUUUUAAUUCAAAUGGGCAAACCUAGUACAGUUAACAACUUUCGAAUGUAUUUUCUCUAUGGUUCUUGAGUGAUAAAAUCAAAUGGAAAGAGCUGGUCACGCAACAUCAAAAUAAUUUGUAAGUUUUAUUUAUUACAAAAGUGCAACUGUAAGCUAAUAAUAUUGUUAUUGUAAGGUGGAAGGUUUAAAAAGAUCUCUUGAUUGAACGGUAAAAUAUUUACUAGCAUACAGAUGGUAAAAAUGAGCAUUUCUAAAUUUUAACUGGUUUUUAUGGUUAAUUUACCCUGUGCGACUAAUAUUAAUAAGGAAACAAUGUUACUUAGUUCAUAAUAGGGGCCGUAAAUCAUUUUGAAAUUUGAAAAUACAAUUGAAAUAGUCAGGAUGAGACUGAUAAAGAUUUUUUUUUUUCAUUUUCUUCAAAUACGUCUUUUGAAAUAUUUGAAUCCUCAUAACUUAAAUUUAGAGAUAAAAAUUAUAACUCUAAAUAGGGUUUUAUUCAUUUACUUGUUCAUAUAAAUAAUUUAAUGAGGUUACAUAAUCAUAAUGACUGAAAUUGCGGAAAUUUUUACAAGAGGUUUUACCUUUCACUCACAUGUCUUCAGCAGGGGUAUUUUUUUUAUCAAAAAUACAGUAAGAAAAAUCAUAAUUCUAAAAUCUGAAAAAAUUAUUAAUUUUUGUAUAAUUUACUUUUCCAUCACUCUUAUAACUAUCACAUAACUUUUUUUAUUUAAAUACUAUUAAUAUAUGGUUUCCUGUAAUUAAAUAAAUAUCACCUUGCUUGUUAAUUUUACAGUUAUACCUUGUAUUUUGCUAGAGUUUAAUUUCAAGUAAAUAUUUAAUAAGUUUAUUUUCUAUUACUAAGAACAGCUAUGAAGUAGUAUAUCAUAAAUAACUGAGUAUUGUAAUAUAAAAAUGGUACAAACGAAGCUAAAUACUAAUUCUUAGGCCAACAAAAAUACAAGGCCAGUUUAAAAUUGUAAAACACCAUUAAUCUUGGAAAUAACGUUAAUAUUAGGUUUAAGUUGUUAAAUAAAAAGUUAUUUAUUUUUAAAGUUUUAUUUCUGUAGAUAUUCUUGUAAAGUUAUGUACCUACCGAAAAAAUUAUGAUGUAUUGUUGCAUUUUUAAAUAUUUUAAGGACAAAAUGACUUGGGGAUUGUAUUUAUUGUUAGAUGUACAGUGUAGAUACAUGUUGUGGGCUAUGUUGCCGUGUCAGGAGCUGUAUACUUGCCGUAUUGUUAUGUUAUGCUUUACUACUUGUAGGUUAUUUAGUUGUAGGUAGUGAGGCUUUUUGUACCUGAUAUAGAGGCUAUAAUUGUUUGGUCGAUGUUAGAGUGCCUUGAAACAUGUCUGUUUCACGAUCAAUCACGAAAUUUGUAUUUUUAUAUGCUUAGUAUUUAAUUAAGCACUAGCCUGUUGUAAGUCUAACCUCAUAAAAUAAUUGAACAGGAAUUAGCAGGUGUGGGGUGAGUGAAGAAACUGAUAUAGAAAUGUGUAAAGCUAAUGCACAUACAAGGCUGAGGCAGUAAUACGACAUCCACAUCCUCAGCGGUUAGUUCAGUGCAAUGAAAUAUCCAGAAUUUAGAUUCGUGGUGAGUCUAAUGGAUAAUCCAGAAUUUAGAUUCGUGGUGAGUCUAAUGGAAUAUCCAGAAUUUAGAUUCGUGGUGAGUCCAGUGGAAUGUCAAAAAUUUAGAUUCGUGGUGAGUCCAGUGGAAUGUCCAAAAUUUAGAUUCGUGGUGAGUCCAAUGGAUUUCCAGAAUAUAGAUUCAUGGUGUGUCCAAUGGAAUAUCCAGAAUUUUGAUUCGUGGUGAAUCCAAUGGAAUAUCAAGAAUUUUGAUUCGUGGUGAAUCCAAUGGAAUAUCCAGAAUUUAGAUUCGUUGUGAGUCUAAUGGAAUAUCCAGAAUUUAGAUUCGUUGUGAGUCUAAUGGAUUAUCCAGAAUUUAGAUUCGUGGUAGGUCCAAAGGAAUAUCAAGAAUUCAUGGUUAGUCCAAUGAAUUAUCCAGAAUUUAGGUUUGUGGUGAAAGGACAGCUUGAUUAUUUUCCUUUUGUUUUAAAAAAAUAUUAUGUUGUAAAGAUAGCAUGGUGUGAAAAAUUAAAACUAAAAUUUCAAGACAUUGUAAAAUGAAUUUGAAUGAAAAAGUUGAUCUGACAUGCAGGCCAUGUGCAGGAUCAUGCCUGCAAACAAACUGAUCAAAUGACCUCAAUGGUUUUUGUCCUGAUCUUGCGUUUCGGUGGUUGUACCCAAUGCAAUUUCAUCACUUCUAUAUAAGUUAGAUAUUUCUUUUUGAAUUUCCAAACUAAAAAUGUACACAAUCUGAUUUAUUACUGAAGUUACUACUGUAAAAUUAUAUCCUUGUAAGAUACUUGUAUUAUAUUUGUAGAUGUUUAAGGGGAGGUGUGGAUCAUUAGGGUACCUCUUUAAAUGCUGCUGAAUUGGUCUAAAAAAAUACAGUUUCAUUCAGUGUCUCUUGCUGUAAAGAACCAAAUGCUGUAAAUGCUUGUCAGAGAGGUGCAAAAUUAUUGUGAUUGAAAGUAGAAGCUUUACGCUUUGACGUUCCGUGUACGCGUGGUACAUAUUUGGUGGAAUGCUACGAGGCACAAUUUACGCGCAAUUUCAGUUCUUCACUCAUCUUAGUGCUUAAUACGAGAAUAAAAAUAAGGUCUUAGAAAAUAUUGUUCAUGCUGUACAAACAGUUCACUCCUUUAGAGUGAAUUUCAAUAAAGCAAUGUAAAGGAUUUGUAAAAAUCAAGCUAUUUUAUUUAAAACAGUUACGCAGAAAAGUGGUCUUCAAUAAAUUUUAUUGCCUAUUUUAAUGUCGGUGAUUGAAAAUGUUUUACAUAAUUUGUUCGGAAUAUAUCGAACAUUUUAAAAACCGAUAUACUUAUGCAGUUCAGUAAAUGAGUACACGAUUUAAAAGACAUCCCUUGAACUUUCCUUCUGUAGCAAAACUGGUUUUAUAUUAAAUCAUAUAUUUACAGACAUUGAUGUUCAAGACCACACGUUGUUAUAUGAGGAAUUUUGAAACAUAAUUAACUACUCAUUCAACUAUUAAUAAUUCAUCCAUAAUAAGAUUUGUAAUUGAAGACUUUUAAAUUGAUCAUAAAUAAGGGUUUUAAAAUUUGUGUACGUUUGGUAAUGUUGUGUUCAUAUUUUACUUUGUGUAAUAUUCAAUGACAUAUCAGAGGAUAUUGUACACAUACAAUAUUAUUACUUCAUUUUUAUAUAGACAUAACCUCCUGUAAACAGUGCAGUAUUUAAGGUUGGAUUUUAGUUAUAUAAAUGAAUUUUUUACCUGCAUUGUUAUUAUAAAAUAUAUAAGUUUAUCAGAACUUGCGCUAUUGUCAAGUUAAUAUUAUUAAACGUUAUUAAACAUUUUCAUUUCUGACAAUAAUAUUGUACGUGAAUCGUACUUUAUAACUUUUUUAAAUAAUAGUCAUAAAACAAUUACUCAGUAUUAUUUUAACGAUUGCCCAUAUUUCUUUUAAGUUUGUUAAGUUAAAACUUUUUAGGAGGUCUAUACGGUUAAUCAAACCGAAUUUAAAUGUCAAAAAACAUAUUUUGAUACUCUUUGCAAAUAGUUAAAGAAAAUGUAAAUUUAUACUCAAACAGUUCAUUUAUAUAUAUAUUUUUUUUGAAGCAGACAUGUUUCGAGACUGUGUAGGAGCUCUGCCCUUGUACAAAAUAAGAGUUUACAAUAGUUCACAGAUCCAUGUUAAGGCGUUAUCAAAGUUUGUUUUUCAAUAUUACACAGUUUCUGUAUUAUAUUGCUGUGAAAUAAACAUAGACAUUUCUAUAAUAGAA